AUGCAAGGCUUCAAAGACUUCGACCCCGCAAAGGAUGUUGGUGACCUCUUGGGCAAGGUUAUCGUGAUAACCGGAGGCACCGCGGGUUUAGGAGAAGAAAGUGUUCGAGCAUUCGUGGCGCACAACCCUUUGCACAUCUAUUUCACAGGCCGGAACAUCAUUGCAGCGAACACAUUAAUCUCCGACAUCAAAGUCAAAUACCCAACAGCAUCGCUGAGCUUCAUCAAGAUGGAUCUCUCGUCCCUUCGCGCUGUCAAGGAAAGCAUAGCGGAAGGGUUCAAACACGAUCGCCUCGACAUACUAAUGAACAACGCUGGGAUUAUAGCCAAGCCAGCCGCCUUGAGUAUCGAUGGCUACGAGAUCCAGUUCGCGACGAACUAUCUCGGCCACGCGAUGCUCACCAAACAGUUGUUACCCGUUCUACUCAAGACAGCCAAAGAUCCCAACUCAGAUGUUCGCAUCAUCAACACCACCUCUGCGGGUUACGAAUUCCACCGCGCCAUCAAAGGUGGCAUUUCCUUCGAGGAGCUCGACUCUGGAAGCACGAUGUCCAGGUUGGUACUAGGGGGAUGGAUCCGUUAUGGCCAAUCUAAACUCGCGACUAUUCUUUUCACGAGGGAGCUCGCACGUCGACACCCAGAGCUGACAUCCGUGGUGAUCCACCCAGGGCUCGUCAAGACACCAAUGAAUACCGAGAUGGCCGGCUUGAGCAAGUUCUUCGUGAAUGUAACGUCGCGGCUUUCGGGCGAAAAGUGGCUUGAGCCGCACCAGGGUGUUCUGAACCAGCUUUGGAGCGCAGACGGAGCGGAGAAGGGAGCAUUGAAUAAUGGAGCAUACUACACGCCAGUAGGUGUAGAUUCGACGGAAAGGUUGACAGCAGAGGCUAGAAAUCAAGCUCUAGCAGAGAAGUUGUGGGAGUGGACGGAGAGUGUGUUGCUCAAGGUCUGA